AUGAAAACUAGACGCACCGUUUGGACAUUUUCUCGAGCGGAACCACCAGCGAACGAGACCGAACCUGCAUUACAGCGCUCCAAGUCGACCAUAACAGAAGGUGGACAAUCGUGUGAAGGCGAAUAUGAUAACCCGUGUUUUGAGACGUCCAGCUGUCACUCGUUCGGCCGGGACACCGAGCCGCUGACAAAAGAGAGCCCGAGACACAAGCGCAUACGCAGCAUCAGUCCAUCGCUCUGGCGAUUUCCCGAGCAGGUGCCCAGCCAGAGUCAGGAUGCCGAAGAAGAGCAAGAAGCAGACGAAGAAGACAGACUGACGGAAUCCCCUUCGUACAACUCCAGUGAUGUCGACUCGAAUCUGAGCAAGACAUCGAUAGAGUUGUCCAGCGAUGACACAGAUGAUGAUGAUGAUGAUAAUGAUGAAGAUUUGGUUGGGGAGGAGGUUCUCGUUAUUGAAGAGAGUGUGAUGUAA